AUGAUUCUCAGAUCAUGGUACGGUUCACACCCUGGGGAGAGGAUCGGCGAGGGCCGCCGACCGAGAGGAGUCGCACCACCAGAGUUCGCCAUUGAGGGUGAGAGGUUGGAGGAGGACGAGGAGGAGGAGGAGGAGGAGGAGGGGGUGGAGGCAGACGUAGCUGGUGGAGAGGAUGUUGUUGUUGGUAGUGGCAGUGGCGCCAUGGCUGGACGACUGGCUGUUGGGAAGAAUCUCUUAGCAAAACGAAUUCUGCCCCUCUCCUUGUCUUUCUUUUCUGCUGGUUCGUUCUCUCACGCACCACCCCGCCCUCUGUCCCGUCCCCCCUCUUUCUUCCCCACCCCCCCCCACCCCUCUCUUUCCCUUUCUGCAACCUUCUUUUCCUGUCUUUUGUUCCUCCCACAUCUCGCCCCCCUGACUCCCCCCAUUCGUGUUCCCCCCUCACUGCACCCUGUCUCGCCCACUGCAGGGCACACCUUCUGUCGCUCCUGUCUCGUGCGUGUGCUGGAUCAUGGCAACAAGUGCCCCGUGUGCCGCACUGUUCUCUUUGUCAGUCCCAUGCAACACCCCGUCAGUGUGACCCUUCAGGCCAUCCUAGAGCGGCUGUUCCCAGAGGAGUAUGAGGAGAGGCGGCAGGAGGUGGAGGGGGAGAAAGUGGUGGGGCGAGAGGUCCUGCCUCUGUUCGUCAUGGAUUCUGUCCUGCCAGGCCAAAAGAUGGCGCUCAAUAUAUUCGAGCCCCGAUACCGCCUCAUGAUUCGUAGAAUCAUGGAGGGAGAUCACCGCAUGGGCAUGGUGGGUGUGGAUCGCCGCAGUGGCACCAUGCAGGACAUGGCAUGUGAAGUCAAGAUCUCAGAAUGUGACCCUUUACCCGAUGGCCGUUUCUACAUAGAGGUGGAGGGAGUGCGUCGCUUCAAGAUCAGCAGCAGCUGGGAGCAAGACGGCUAUCGAGUGGCUCAAGUGGAGUGGGUACAAGACGUCCUUCCAGAGGCAGGCUCUGAUGCAGCAAACAAGCUAUCAUUGCUAGCAGAGGAGGUGGCAGGGGUGGCAAGAGAGUGGGUGGCUCGAGUUCUCUCCACUGCUCGUGAAAAUCGGCGCAGCAGGCUAAUAGAGCAUGUGAGGAGUGCUGGAGACAUCCCCCCUGCCAGCCAGCCCGAACGCCUCAGCUUCUGGCUAGCAAACCUGCUUCCAAUCCGCCCGGAGGAGAAGGUGUCGUUCCUGCGAAUGACCGACCCGGGGCAGGUGAGCAAGGGAGGGAUGGCGGGGCAGGGAGGGGGUGGGUGCAGGGGAAGGGCGGACGGGAGGGAGCAGAUGGCGAGGGGGCUAAGGUAUGGGAGUGUGGAGGAAGAGGUGUCGUUCCUGGGAAUGACCGACCCGGAACAGGUGAGCAAGGGAGGGAUGGUGGGGGCAGCGGGGUGGGGAGGGCGUGCGCGGGGGAGCAGAUAG